AUGGCCCUCCCGCGUGGCAGGACCUCGUACAAGAAGAAGGAAGGCAUUCUCACGCUGACCGAUGACCGCAGUGCCUUGAUAUGGAUGCCAUUACCCGCAACGGGCCCACCUACCGUGUCUCUGGCGCUGGAGAAUAUAAUGAAUCUUCAACAAACUCCCGACGGAGCAGCGAAGGUCAUCUUGAGGGUCAUCGAGAAACCCAAACCAGGCGCGGGCGAAGGGGCGACACCAUCAAAUUUUCUCUUCCAGUUUACGUCGCCCUCCGAAGCCAGAUCUGAGGCCAACGCCGUCAGGGACCUUCUCUCUCAGCUGCUAGCCGCUGCACGCGAGAACGACCCGAACGUGCCAAAACCCGCGGCACCGGCGGCGCAGAACGUGGCAGAUGGGGCGGACGGCGCCGGGGCCUCGGCGGCCAUAUCUUUUGCCAACACAGUGAACGCCAAGGCAGCGCCGCCGAGGUGGUUCGACGACAACGUGCUCAAAGCAGACACCGAGCUGCAGCAAUCACUCCUGACGAAGGACGAGGGUCUAGCCCGGACAUACAAGGAUGCCUUCGCCUUGAAACCUAGCUCCAUCCCAGAAGCUGAAUUCAAUGCCCGAUUCUGGUCCACCAGGGUUGGCCUUCUCCGUGCUCAUGCCAUCGAGCUGAACCAGAAGAAGGGAGCCUACAAUGUGCUGUCCACCAUCAAACCGCGGACCGAGGAUAACCUGUUCAAGCUCAGUCUCUCGUCGGAGCAGAUUUCUAUGAUCCUACAGCAGCACCCUCUUGUGAGGCGCAUAUAUAACGAGAAUGUCCCUAAACUCGAGGAUAACGAGUUCUGGUCUCGGUUCUUCCUCAGCAAGCUAUCCAAACAACUGCGCGGUGAGCGAGUAACAGAAAAUGACAUCAACGAUGCCAUUUUUGAUCGAUAUCUCAGCGCCGACAACUCCUUCGGUUUCUCAAGCAAGAUUACGUCGACACAAAAGGUCCCACACAUCAUAGACUUGGAAGCAAACGAAGAGAAUCAGGGUGGGUUCAAGAGCGGUAACCGCAAGGAUGUCGAAAUGCGGCCGCGGGGAAACAUCCCCAUCAUCAAGACGCUCAAUAGCCUCAGCGAGAAGAUUAUGGCCAAUGUCGCCCCUUCAGACGCCGACCCUUCCGCUGGCGACGGGCUAGACGACGACACGCGCACCUUUAGCGAGCUCAGCCUGCGCGAUCUCCGCGGCGACGCAAAGGCAUCCCGCAUCAAACUCAAUGUCAAGGAGCAGAACAAGUUCUUCUCCAACCACGACACCCAAUCCGAAGAGGCCAAGAUCUACGAAACCCAGAUCCCCUCCGAGGUUCUGUUCGAAGUCACCGCCGACAUCGAGACUCUCGAGGACGACGGCUCAGGCGGAAUAGAUAUCCGCAGGGGCAUCGGCGUCGACGACGACAGCGACAGCGAUCCCGACACCAAGAAAUCCAGCCACGUCGGGGCGCGGAGCGCCCGCAAACAAGCCCAAAGCCAGAUCCUCGACGGCAUGCGCAAGAAGCGCGCCGAGACGCAGGGCACCUUCGCUCUGGGCGGUGGUGGCGACGAGGAUGCAUCGCCCAUGGGGAUCCCACCGGAGAUUGCGCAGCGGUGCGUGCUGACCAACGCGACGACGACCGAGUUCCUCAAGCAGUUCUGGGCGGCUUUUCUGUCUGGCGACGCCGCGCGCACGCAGGAGCUCGCCUACUACGCCGAGUCGCUGCAGCGGUCGACCGAUCGCAUCAACGCGCUCGCUGCCGAGGCCGAGCGCAUCCGCCAGCAGGUCAUGGACAAGCGCAAGCGCGAGAUCAAGGAGCACUACGAGCGGACGCGUAAGAAGCUGCGCUGGCAGCCGCCCAGGGGUGGGCAGGAAUCGGUGCUGGCGCUGUUUGAGGCGACGCUGCUGGGGAUUAAUUCGGCGUUGGACUUGUAUCGUUCGGCGCAGGCGGAAGCGAAGUCGAGGAAAUGA